AUGGAUUUCAUUUUUAGGCUGCUGAAGGAUGCUCUUGCCUUGGAUGAGAAGCCCCUGAUUGAUCGUGCCCAUCAGUCGUUGCGCCCUAAGCCCCGGGAUGGUGAGAGGCCCCGUGACAUCAUCCUUCGAGGAGAAGAUGGAGAUUCUCAGAGAUUCUCCGAGGAGCCCGCCAUAUCACUCUUUCAAGGACAGAGCUUCUCUAUCUACCAGGACUACUUCCCCACUGUUUCCAAGCAGCGCACAGCUUUCGCACAGGUCAAACGACUACUACGGGACCAUCCAGGGGUGAUGUAUGGACUGCGAUUCCCAGCCCGUCUCAUGAUGUCCGGAGCCUCCGGCGACGAUCUACGGUCCAGUUCCUCUGGCGAUGAUCUACGGUCCAGUUCCUCCGGCGACGAUCUACGGUCCAGUUCCUCCGGCGACGAUCUACGGUCCAGCUCCUCCGGCGACGAUCUAUGGUCCAGUUCCUCCGGCGACGAUCUACGGUCCAGUUCCUCCGGCGACGAUCCACGGUCCAGUUCCUCCGGCUACGAUCUACGGUCCAGUUCCUCCGGCGACGAUCUACGGUCCAGUUCCUCCGGCGACGAUCCACGGUCCAGUUCCUCCGGCGACGAUCCACUGUCCGGUUCCUCCAGCGACGAUCCACGGGGGGGCAGUCACGCCCUGACCUUAGAGAUCCUGAAUAGUAGCAGGAGUAUGAGUAGUAGUAGGAGCAGGAAUAGGAGUAGUAGCAGGAGUAGGAGUAGUAGUAGGAGCAGGAAUAGGAGUAGUAGCAGGAGUAGUAGCAGGAGCAGGAGUAGUAGUAGUAGUAACAGGAGUAGUAGUAGAAAUAGUAGUAGUAGUAGUAACAGGAGUAGUAGUAACAGGAGUAGUAGUAGGAGUAGUAGUAGUAGUAGGAGUAGUAGUAGGAGUAGUAGUAGUAGUAACAGGAGUAGUAGUAGUAGGAGUAGUAGUAGUAGUAACAGGAGUAGUAGUAGGAGUUGUAGUUGUAGUAGUAGGAGUAGUAGUAGGGGUUGUAGUUGUAGUAGCAGGAAUAGGAGUAGUAGUAGUAGUAGUAGCAGGAAUAUGAGUAGUAGCAGGAGUAGGAGUAGUAGCAUGAGUAGUAGUAGUAGUAGCAGGAGCAGGAAUAGGAUAAGUAGCAGGAGUAGGAGUAGUAGCAGGAGCAGGAAUAGGAGAAGUAGUAGUAGUAGUAGUAGUAGGAGUAGGAGUAUGAGUAGUAGUAGUAGCAGGAAAAGGAGAAGUAGUAGUAGUAGUAGCAGGAGUAGGAGUAGGAGUAGGAGUAGGAGUAGUAGCAGGAGUAGUAGUAGUAGCAGGAGCAGGAAUAGGAGAAGUAGUAGUAGCAGGAGUAGGAGUAGUAGCAGGAGUAGGAAUAGGAGUAAGAGCAAGAGUAGUAGCAGGAGUAGGAGUAGGAGUAGUAGCAGGAGUAGGAGUAGUAGCAGGAGUAGGAAUAGGAGUAAGAGCAAGAGUAGUAGCAGGAGUAGGAGUAGGAGUAGUAGCAGGAGUAGGAGUAGGAGAAGUAGUAGUAGUAGGAGAAGUAGUAGUAGUAGGAGUAGGAGUAGGAAUAGUAGUAGUAGCAGGAAUAGGAGAAGUAGUAGUAGUAGUAGCAGGAGUAGGAGUAGGAGUAGUAGUAGUAGUAGCAGGAGUAGGAGUAGGAGUAGUAGCAGGAGUAGGAGUAGUAGCAGGAGUAGGAGUAGGAGUAGUAGCAGGAGUAGGAGUAGUAGCAGGAGUAGGAGUAGGAGUAGUAGCAGGAGUAGGAGUAGUAGCAGGAGUAGGAAUAGGAGUAAGAGUAAGAGUAAGAGUAGUAGCAGGAGUAGGAGUAGGAGUAGUAGCAGGAGUAGGAGUAGUAGCAGGAGUAGGAAUAGGAGUAAGAGCAAGAGUAGUAGCAGGAGCAGGAAUAGGAGUAGUAGCAGGAGUAGGAGUAGUAGCAGGAGUAGAAUUUAA